AUGCCCGCUCAACUAAACGGGUCCAUGACCGCCAGCAUCCCCAUUCGAAUACCCGGCGACCAGGUCCAGGCUCAGGCUCAACCUGCUGUUUUUUACAAGCAGCACAAGCACUCCAGAUCUUCUUAUUCCGAUUCUUCUCCGCUCGCAAAUUCAAGGAACAAUUCUUUAACUUUCCGUCCUUACAAGAGGCUCAUGUCAAACCCGGACAAGACCAUCGCUGUCAUCAACGCCAGCGGGCGACAAGCUGCGUCUUUCAUUCGCGUCGCCACUGCCGUUGGUUAUCAUGUGCGCGCUCAGUUGAGAAAUCUCGACGGUGUCGUCGCUGCUGAAGUCUCGGGGAAUCCUAAUGUUACCGUAUUUGUUGGCGAGCUCUACACAAGACAUCAGCCCUCUGAAGCAAACCGUGAUGUUACCAAGCACGGCCCACUGGCCGGUGUCGGCGUCAACUACGACUUGAUCGCAAGUCUGUUCCGCGGCGCACAACUCGCCUUCAUAAAUACAACUUUUUACGGCGACGAGAUUCAAAUCGGAAAGGCCCUAGCCGACGCCGCUAAGCGCGCGGGAAUUCAACACUACGUGUACUCGUCCAUGCCCGAUCAUGGUGCUUACAACCCCGAAUGGCCCUCAUUACCCCUCUGGGCUGCCAAGCAUGAGGUCGAGCAAUAUGUGCGCAAACUCAGAAUACCAGCCACUUUUGUGUACACUGGUAUUUACAACAACAACUUUACCUCCCUUCAGUACCCCCUUUUCUGCAUGGAUUUGCAAAAAGACGGCUCGUUCAAAUGGCAAGCACCUUUCCAUCCUGACGCUAAGCUACCCUGGUUAGAUGCCGAGCAUGAUGUUGGUCCCGCGGUCCUGCAAAUCUUCAAGGAUGGACCAAGCAAAUGGAACGGAGAGCGCAUUGCACUUGCAUAUGAAUACCUGACACCCAAGGAGGUGUGUCGACUAUUCUCUAAAGGAGUUGGCCGUCCUGUGCGCUAUGUGCGAGGUCCCAUUGAAAUCAAGGUUCGAAUCCCUGAGGGCUACCGGGAACAGCUCGUCGGUCUGGAGAAACUGUUCGACCCGAAUCAGAAAGAUCCUCGAAAGCAACCGCCUUACUUCGGCGACCCCAAGGUCGAAGUCAGUUGCCCAAGCGAAGCCUUGGAGUUGUGGGAAGGCCCUAGAGGCAUCGAAGAAUACGCACGUGAGAUGUUCCCCAUAGAAGAGGAAGCAAAUGGUCUCACAUGGAUGCUGGACGAUGAUGCGAGUGACGAUGAGGAGGUGCACAAUACAGCAACCCACGUCGAGCAACUGAGAAUCCACGACGGUGACGAUGAUAGCGACGACGAUAAUGACGACGGCCUUGUCAUAAAAGGUCGCAAGCGGGACGAGGAAGAGUGGUUAGCAUAA